AAAGUAGGAAGUAACAGAAAAAAGAUGGCGGCCAGUGGUCGCCACGGCGGUCGACCUUUCGUUAAAAGUGGCCGAUUCAGAGCUCGACAUGAAAGUGCAGACGAAAAUUUGAAGCUUGAUUUUUCGAGAGACCCAAAUGAAAAUUUGAAAGAGAUUUUAGCUGUCAUAGUUUCCCAAAGUAGUAUACCAAAAUCUAAGAAGCUAGCAUACCUGAAUGCUUUAGUCAAACUUAUACUUAAAUAUGGAAAUGACAAAUACUCAGGCUUCACAAAGAGAGAUAUUUUGUGUUGUUUAAGAGUAGGAUUAUUCCAUGAGGCAAAAGAAGUACGAGCGGCAGUGUUGCGAGUGCUGCGAUACUUUCUCCAGGACCAAGAGACCGUCGAUUUAUUUUACACUCUCCACAUAGAUUACUUAAUUGUCAGGUCAAUAGAUUUAUGUUUAGACAAUGAAGUAGAGAGAAUACAUGGGAUUAAACUAGUCAGAAAAAUUCUGCAGAUUGCACCCAAGAAAUUGUCCGAUCUCUUAUUUUAUCCAUUGGUUGCCAUUAGUAAUGAUGGAACAGCCGAGAGAGACCGAAUGGUCAGGAUAGCUCUAGAAACGAUAUGUGAAACAGCAUUUGUGAAUCCUGAGUUAUUGGCAAGAUGUGGAGGAAUUGGUGCUAUUUUAAGAGCUGCUCUGGACUGCCACCAAUAUCCCAGAAUUAACGAAUCGCUGGUGUCCACCGUUCUACAUCUACUGAACCAUCCCAGGACCAGACAUUUCAUCAAGUUUAACACAGAUCUAGAGCAACUGUUAGCCCCGUUCACAGACUGCCAUUACAGAUUCAGUGCUGAGUCAUCAGAGCAAUCCUCAGGUGAGGAGAAGGAGAAUCGAUUUGCAGCCAGUAAAAUGGCUGUCGUCUCCAUCAUGCGAACUUGGUCGGGAAUUAUUCGUUUUUGUCGACCCGAUGGCAGCGGUUUACAGUCACUUGUUGGCAUUCUAUACCUACCAUACAAAGAAAUUAGGCAUGGAAUACUAGAGAUUUUAUUUGAUUUAUUUCGGUUGAAAAUUCCCGAGUCAACAGAUGAUUUCGACACAGCUUUAUUAAGUGUGGAUCCGUCUGAGAUGCAGGAAAACUGGAAGAUAACAGAUGGAUUUGUAGCUGAGGAGGGGAAGUGUAUUCUGCCCCACAUGGCUAAAAUCAGACCAAAUUUAAUUGAAAACCAUAUAGCAUUACUUCUGUCUGCAUGGAUUGGAGCUGGAAUUCUAGAGGCAUUAGUAGAAGUGAUAAUCAGCAGUGACCGUCAACUCUUUGUUCGUGCCACAAUCCUCCUCGGUGACCUACUUCAUUUAGCCAGUACCAUGCUUCCCCCCGAGUGCUCCCAUCACAACCACUGUCUGCCAUCUCUCCUGGCCCUGGCCUCCUCACCUGAUCUCAACUCGGCUCAGACAUUUCAAGCCCGAGAAGCUAUAUAUUACUUAGAGCGCCUCCACGCCAUGAAGAAGCGAGGUCCUGUACCCAGUAGUCUGUACCUGGAUCAGCUGAUUCAGAGGAACGGAGGUCGACCUGUAGGACAGACCAAAUUCUACCUGAGGAAGAAAUAUGACCUUUACAUCAAUAAAUCUCCUACGGAGGAUAUGAUAGGACAGGCCAUUAAAGAUUCCAAUGUUGUCAACACCAAGGAUAUCCAGAACUGGGACUGGGAAUUAGUGCCAGCUAUACUGAAGUGGCCAGAGGAGAAAUUAAAGAGACUAGAUGACCAGGUUACUUUGAAGUUUUUCAAGAGGCUUGUACAUUUUUACAAACCAACCAAUCACCGGUUUUCGAGACUAGAGGUCAACCACAAACUGGCUCAGAUGAUGGUACAUUCCGGUUGUCUGCUGGUGGACUUCCUCGUGUCAACAGAACAGGACGAGGUCCAGAAACUGGCUCUAGAUUUUAUAGGAGAUAUAGGGGGAUGCAUGUCUGAGAUUGCACAGCAGCGUUUGGUGCCAGAGUCGGUACUGAGUCCAGGGAAUGUCAUUAACACAUGCAGUCAGUUCUACUUUCUGUUUGUGGGCCGAUUCUCAGGGACGGUUCUGGGGGACAAAUAUCUAGAAAAAACUGGUGUAUAUCAGUAUUUGCUGGAUAUAGUUUCCAUAGCCCCCCAGGACAGCUUUGUAAAGUUGUCUGUGUCCAGUCUUAACUACAGUAAAGACGGUAAUACCAGACCUGUGCUGGCCAAAGCCCUGUGUUCUGCCACUGAGUCUGCCCGGCUAUACUGCACCAAGUUUCUGCGUACGCUGCUGCGGACCAGAGUAGCUGGGUUCAGUACCUGGGGUAUGGAGCUUCUGGUGAAUCAGCUGUAUGACCAAAGUAACCAGGUGGCUCAGGCAGCUCUACAUGUCCUGGAGGAGGCAUGUGAUGUACAGCCGUGUCUGAAUUCCGUCAUUAAGUUGAGGCCCCAGUGUCUCCACCUGGGGGAGAGGGGUGUCCUCCUGCUGUGUCGCUUCAUGUCCACGUCCAAAGGAUUCAAAAUGCUCAGCGAUGCCAACUUCAUACACAACGAGGUCCAAAAGUGGGAAAAGACCUAUAAUGUAAGAUAUAUUCACAUUGUGGAGGACUUGCUGAAUGAGGCCCUAACUACAUACGAGAAAACGUACGAAGGAUCCUUUACUCGCAGGUCCAGCAGGAAGAGAUCUAACAAGGAUGCAUAUGUGCCAGUCCACUUGUAUGGCCAGCUGACUCAACACAAGGAAGGAUUCAGCCUUCUACAACAGCAGGACUGUAUUGGGGAGUUUUUUAAGUGUAUUAAAUGCCUGGAGCUGCAUUCUGAUGAGGAUGUUCUGAAAAUGAAGACAGCAUUGUGGGCUGUGGGCCAUAUUGGGACAUCUACCUGGGGUGUAAAUUGGUUGGAAGAAGAAAGACUCUUACCAGAAAUCAUCAAACUUGCUGAGGAGAGUGGAGUCUUUUCUAUACGAGGAACGGCUUUCUACGUGCUGGGACUUCUGACCAGUACAAGGGAGGGGGCGGAGUACCUGACCCAGCUGGGCUGGGAGUCGUGCUGGCACACCCGUGAGGAUCGCUGGCCGGUGGUGGAGGACCGGUCGGAACUUCUGACGGAGCUCCAGGACAGUGAUAACGGACGCUGCGACCUCGAGUCACGUGGAGCCAGUUCUCCCGGCAUCUUAUCAUCCAGUCUCUUCUUUAUUGAGGAGGAGAAUUCAGCUUUAGACCAAGGUUGUGAGUCAGGACUUAUACACAGCUGUGAUCAAAACUCUAACAUUGAGGCUUCAAUGUUCAUUCCAAAGAGGAGUAAAACAUUACCCAAUGAAAUGGCUUUUCAUAAGAGGUACAAGUCCCUACCAAGUAGGACUGCUAAUAUAAGAAGUUACUCUUUAGGGCAUCAUGAUCGGGACAGAAUUAUUCGCGAUGAUCCUAGACUGAUGACAAGACGAUUGAAUUCACCCUCCCGGCAGACUGAGGAUGUGUUAUCAGACAAGUCACAGUUGUCAAGGGCAAGUGAAAGAAAGGAAAGUCCAAAAAAUAUUCCUGUGAUAUGUUUAUCAGACAUGGAUUCUGGAACGUUUGAGGGUUCCAUGACGGAGGACGUGGACGGGAAGCCUCCUAUCUGUGAUAAUUUUAGUGCAAUGGACGACGAGGGGGAAGGGAUUUCUUUUAGUGUCAAAGAUAGUGAUGAGAAAUCUGACAGCUCAGAGACAAAGACUCUGACCAAUCAGUCGUUAAAGAAAUCACCAAACCUGCGGGACGGGAGAUGUAGCAGUAGUGAUAGCUCGCGGACCAGUAACAAAAGUCGCGCGGACAGUUUUAACACAGAUUCCACUACUAGUGGGGUCAGUUCUUGUGAAUCUGGCCCACACACCUGUCUUUCAUCUGAGUUUAUGUCCCUUAGUCCUAUAGCCAGUACUAGUUCUAUAGACACAUUGGGGGUCACUGGUACAUCAGAUGCCAGGGACCUCAUUCAUCCGUCUUCAUUCCGACGAAAAUCUUUAAAUCUAAAACGAGUGCCAAGCCUACGAAAUAAACAAGCCAGUCCUGCCUAUGGUAUCCUGCCUUCAGCUCAGUUACUUGAGGGGAUGACUACAGAGAGUGCUAUAAUGUACACCACAUCACGUGACGCCAUGGGAUACGCCACGUGGCGAUCCAUCAAGCGUCAGCGUCGCAUCAGUUCUGAUGUGGAGUCGGACAUGGGUCUUAAUUCUCUUUACGGAGAGGAGGAGGGGAAUGAGAUGAUUAGAAAAAACAGUAUUGAGUCCAAAAUGAGCACCGACACAUUCACUUUUCGUUCAAGUUCUGGGAUUCCACGUAACGCCAGCAGUGUGUCUCUAUCUGACCAGGAGAGGGCUGGGACUCCCUAUGGGGUGGCCCCUAAAGCUAUCCUACUACAGAGGAGGCCACACACGGGGGAAGCAGAAUUCCUGGGUCUCACCCUGCCAGUAGACAUCAACAUGAUGUUCCAGGUUCAUGCAGGAGAGGAUCAGAGAUCUGAGGCUGCCCCAGUAGAGAAAGAGGAGAACAAUAUGGAACAGAAAAAGAAGCCAAGAUCUCGGAAGUCAUCUAGGAUUGUGCCUGCUCUGGAAAGCUUUGAACACGACUCAACAAUUUGUCUGCUGUGUUCUCAGCUUAAACGCCAAGAUAUCAGUCAAGCAGAGAUAGAGGAAGCUUUACAAGAGGAUGGAGAUCUCGAGUCCGUGUCCCUGGAUAAGGACCCUGGGAGUCUGAACGCUGCCAUCAAACUUCAGAAGGGGUCACGACCCCGGUACAGCAGUAUUAACGAGCCAUCCUCAGCCACCCCAGGAAGUGUUACAAGCUGUACAAGCUCAGACUCUCUGACUGUAAAGAUGUCUUAUGACAAUGUUCAUGGGAAAGGGCUGAUCAGAAAAGAACUGAGAAAACUGGUGAUUAACCUGAGUAGUUCUGUGGGACUGAAGGGCUCGGAGCAGGGACUCCUUAUGUUGAAGCAAAAGUUCCCUGCAGUGUUCAAGGAUGUUUGUUUUUACUCUGAAGUUUGUCAUCUUUUAUCUAUAUGUUCAUUCCGACUGAAUGCCAGGAGAUUUGUACAGGAACUUUUCGAAGAUUUCAAAAUAAAUAAGCUGAUAGCAGAGCCUUACUCUUUAACUAGUACGGCUGAAGGAUCAGAGAAGAAUGUGAUCCAAGGAAAUAAACAUGACAACCUGGACAGCCUCUCAGAAUACAACCAAUUCUAACCAAGCCUAGAAAUGCUGCAACUCACACUUCAAACUGUUUAGAUUUCUCAGAGAGUGUUACUUAAUAUUUAGAAGUAAUGAACAGAUCUGUUUGUAGGUCAUGGAUAUGUAGAUUUCCAUUGAAUGAAAAGACCCAAUAAUUUGCAGGUGAAGCUUGACAGUUUGUGGAUUUUCUCUUCUUAUCUGUGGAGGAUUACAUUUUAUUGUUUGUGAAUCAGUAAAUGAUUUUUAAACUUAAUUUGAAAAAGAAUUUAUUUUGCUAUGUUCCUGAAAACUGUUUAAUAGUUGAUGUAUAGGUAUUCAUUCCUCAUAGACAAGAUAUGAUUCUCUAUUCCAGUAAAAUAUUGUUAAUGUAUUGAGUGUUCCUGAUAGAGAAAUACUCCACUGUUGUCUGUGCUGGCUUCACAGCACUGGAAUUAUUGACAUUUUGUCUGGAGUAUUUUGUACAAUUAAAAGGUUGUUGUACGACAUGUGACUAUUCUACAUUCUUCUUGAUCUCUGUAAUUGAUAACACUAUAAUGAUAACUUGCUGUAAUGUUUAUGCCUUUUGUCUGACUUUUGGAAUGACAGAGAUGUUUUUCUUUGAAUGAGUGUUUAUUGAGGUACAUGUAUAAAUAAGUGCUUAAGAAGUGCUUGAUGUUAUUUUGUGACUGUUAUACAGUUAUUGUUAAAUCUAGGGCAAAAUGCAAAUCCAUGGACUGGCCAAACCCGGAGAUAUUUCAUCUACAGAUGCUGGUACAUAACACUGCUUAAUAGAAUCUUAAUCAAGUUUUGGGGUGAUUGUUUUAGCCUCGGGUAACAAAGAGAGAAGUUUUUGGGCACCAUGUUCUUUGUAAUUUUUUUUCAUGGAAAAAUGAAUCCCAAAAUACAUAAUUCAUGAAUUCACUAUGCAACUCUCCACUAAACCCAAUAAAAAUGUUCAGUCCAAGAUUGUUGUUUUCCCACUUUACGUUUCAAAGUUAAUAAAUAAUCAGGAGAGAGAGUUAUAACAUCUGUCAUUUUUACCACUGUCCAAUGUUGGCAUUGUUUAACCUUUAUUUUUCCUAUGUAUUUUGGAACACCAAUUGUAUUCACAUUACUAUAAUUUACAUAUUGUGAUCACAAGAUAUUUGUUAUUGAUGGAAAAUUGAAAAAUAAACCAAUCUACCAUACCGA